AUGAAACCCAGAAGAUGCCUUACAAAAGCAGUAACAUCAUGUGCGAAUACAGACAAAUGCCAAGCGUUCUUUGACAUCAAAGAGAAUUUAAGAGCUCGGAAUUACACGGCAUAUCUUCCCCCCCUCUCCUCACCAUUUAUUCUUUCUUUUCUCCCUUCCCCUUUCCUUCCCCGACUUCUUUCCCUCUCGCUCCCCUACAUCAAAGAAGCAAUGUCUAUUCAGACUGCUCAUAUCUAUCCCAAUCUGUUCAUAUCUAUCUAUCUAUUCUAUUCUAUUCUAUUCCAUCCUUUCCUUUCCAUGUUCUUUGUACGUGGAGACAUUCAAAUCUUUUCUUUUCUGUCGCUCCAUCUCUGUUUUCGUUUCUCUCUUUUCAUCUAUCUUUAUACACACUCUCAUAAAUAUUCUAUAACUAUUUUCUAUCUUUCUCUUUCGCUCUAUCCCCCACCCCUUUCUCUCAUCUGCUACUUUUCUCUCAAUAUCAUUUCAGAUUUCUAUAUUUCUCUCUCUCUCUCUCUGUCUCUCUCUCUCUCUCUUUUUCUCGUUGCCUUUGUCUGGUAA